AACCCUAGAGUAGUAGUCAGCGUCGCAGCGAUAAACUGUUAUCCGCCGUUGCUGCAGCUGCUACUUCAUCUUCUUCCCUUGUACGACAAUGGCGACGUCAAGAGCUGUGAAGGAUGUCUCUCCUCAUGAGUUCGUCAAGGCUUACUCUGCUCAUCUUAAACGCUCCGGAAAGAUCGAGCUUCCCCAUUGGGUUGAUAUUGUGAAGACUGGUACUUUCAAGGAACUUGCUCCUUAUGACCCAGAUUGGUACUAUAUCAGAGCUGCUUCCAUGGCAAGAAAGGUAUACCUGAGACAGGGACUUGGAGUUGGUGCUUUCAGAAGGAUUUACGGUGGAAGUAAGAGGAAUGGAAGCCGUCCUCCUCACUUCUGCAAAAGCAGUGGAUCAGUUGCUCGCCACAUCCUUCAACAAUUGCAGAAAAUUAACAUCAUUGAUGUUGAUUCCAAGGGUGGGCGAAAAAUUACAUCCAGUGGCCAAAGAGACCUUGAUCAAGUUGCUGGAAGGAUUGUGGUUGCUGCUGAGUAAAGUGUUGCUGCAAAGUUUUAUUAGAAGUUUUGUUGUGGUGAACUAUUUGCAUGGUUAUUUUGGAUUGUUUUAAUUUUGUCUUUAAAGGAAUAUAAAUUUGAUAAUGGUUUUAUCCAUCUAUGGUUUGUUUUCAA